AUGCUCUUCUACAUGAAGAAGCUAAAUAAACAAAAAUAGAAUUUCAUGAACUUUAAAUUAAAUAUGAUGAACUACUUAAAACGAAGAGAAAACAAAAGAUAACAAAAGAAAUUUAAUAUAAAGACUUUUCUUAAUUAACAGAAGUAUAGCAAUCAAAUAUUUAAAUUUUAUGAAAGAAAAUGAAUAAAUUAUAAUUCCUGUAUUCCUAGAGAAAUGAUAAAGCAAGUGUUAAAAUCAAUUGAAGUAGUUAAAAAAGUAAUAAAAGAAAUAAAAAACCAACUGAUGUCAAAAUUAAAGAAAUUCCAAUAGAUAUUCCAUAAUACAAAGAAGUUAUUGUAAAUAAGGAGGUACUAGUCUACAAAGAGAUUCCAGUAGAAAAAACAGUCCCAAGAAGAUAACAGUAGAGAUCUGAUAUUUGAUUGCAAAGAGAAUGAUUAAAGUAUUUUUAAUGAUAAGAAAAUUAUAUAAUUAAACUAUCAUUUCAUUUAAAUUUAAAUUAUACUACUUAUAAAUUGA